AUGCACUGCUCUGACCCAUUGACGCACAGCAAUAGAGCGUUUGGCUCUCUGCCCUGCCUGGCUCAGACUCGUCCUUCUAACAUCAAAUCCACUUCGUGCAUCAACCUGUCCGUAUCGGAGCCCGGUCCCCGGCAGCCGUCCCGCCCCCGCGUCCUGCUGAAGGCUCCCACUCUGGCCGAGAUGGAGGAGAUGAACAUAUCUGAGGAGGAGGAGUCCCCAGAAAGCGGGGAUCUGAGGCGGGCAGAGAGCUCCCCCAUCCCUCUGAAGAGAGACCGCUCCUUCUCAGAGCACGACUUAGCCCUGCUGCGGGCCGAGAUGCUGCCCCCCCUCUCUGACACAGCCCUGCUGGGGGGGGCGGUCCGGCUGCGGGGGGAGAGGCCUCGGUCCAGGACUCUGACCGGGGCCGGGCCACCUCCUACUCACAGAG